GCACUUUCUCCUCCACAGCUCUCUCUCUCUCUCUCUCUCCCUCCCUCCCUCCCUCCCUCCCUCCAUGGACAUUUUGCUCCGCUUACUGUCUCUACUCUCACUGCUCCAGCUAUGGCCUUCCUCGCUUUCCCGCGCUUUCUCCCCAUACCUUCAUCGGGGAGCUGUUCUCUCACCCCACGCACCAGCACGAAGUGCAGCCGUCUCUCCGUUUCAGCAUGCGCCGGGAGCAAGCGAGAGAAGGACGGAGUCGCGAUUCUCUGGUUCAAGCACGAUCUUCGCUUGGACGAUCAUCCCGGCCUUGUAGCCGCCGCUCAGUACCGCAGCAUUGUUCCCCUCUACAUCUUCGAUCAUCGCUUGCUUUCUCGUUAUUCAGAUGAGAUGCUCGAAUUGCUCCUGUUUGCUCUGAAAGACUUAAAAGAUUCACUGAUUGAACAGGGAUCUGAUUUGAUGAUCAGGAUUGGAAGUGCUGAGAAGGUCUUACCGGAGCUCGCAAAAGAGGCGAAAGCGUCCAGUAUAUUUUUGGAGGAGGAGGUAGAAUACCAUGUUCAGAAGCUGGUGGAUGUGGUCAAAGAGUCUCUGGUGUCAGAUUCUUCUCUGGAGAGGAGUCUGAGUACUGUAUUAUGGCGAACUCCAUUUUAUGAUAUCCAGACCUUGCAUGAUUUGCCCGAAUCUUAUGAUGACUUCAAGAAACUUCAGACUCCCUUAGCUUCUCCUCCAUCAAUUGCAGAGCUUCCUUCUGUGAAGUUAGAUUUAGACUGGGGUGAGCUUCCAAAGUACGACUAUUUGGAGGGAAUUAUGAAUGCAAGUCCCUCAAAAUUGAAUGGAAGUUGGACUUUCAUGAAGCAGACAUCAGCUGAGACCAUAUUGAGAGAGAGAUUGUCAAAGUCGGACGAAAAAAAUAAAGUUGGUUUUCUUUCCAGUUAUUCUGAGAGGAAGAAAUUGAAGAAUUCCUUCUUUGUGACGAAGAAUGGAAAUACUGUAGGAGGUGGGGCAGGUGCAGUUCUAAAUGCUCUGCAUGCAUACUUGAGAUAUCUAGAGGGAACAGCUCGAGACAACUGGCAAGAGUUACAUGAUAAGAUUCGCGUUGCUGAAAGUCAAGAGGGAUCAUCCUUUUAUACCCUCUUUGGUUCUGCCCUUUGUCUAGGCAUUAUAUCUAGGAGAAGAGUGUAUUCUGAAGCUAUCAAUUAUGAAAAAGAACGAAAUGCGGGAUUCAUAUCUCCUUUUGGAUAUUCAUCUGCCACUGUUGCGGCAGCAGUUAACUCUGUGUCCUCAAUGGAGUGGUAUUGGAUUAUGGCUUUAAGAAGCCAAAGGAACAACAAAGGAAUGUAUUCCAUUCGGAUAUGGAGGUGGAAUAAUUUUCUGAUCCAGUAUACCACUGUUGGUGAUCAAGGUCCGCCUGUUCUUAUGGUACAUGGCUUUGGUGCCUUUUUGGAGCAUUACCGUGAUAACAUAUGUAAUGUAGCUAAUAGUGGAAAUAGAGUCUGGGCUAUCACUCUUCUAGGAUUUGGAAGAUCGGAAAAACCAAAUGUUGUGUACACUGAACUUUUGUGGGCUGAAUUGUUGAGAGACUUCAUUAUUGAAGUUGUUGGAGAACCAGUUCAUGUUGUUGGAAACUCAAUUGGUGGUUAUGUCGCUGCCAUUCUUGCUGGUCUUUGGCCCACUUUGCUUAAAUCUUUGAUCCUUAUUAACAGUGCCGGCAAUAUGAUUCCAGUAGGAUCUUAUAUUCCACUUUCUAAGGAGAGACAAACUUCUAGCGCUACAUGGUUGGGUGCUCGAUUCCUUCUGUAUUACUUGAGAUCAACUCUUAGGAAUAUAGUGAGGAACUGCUACCCAGCAAAACCAGAACGAGCUGAUGAAUGGCUUAUUGGUGAGAUGCUCAGGGCAUCACAUGAUCCUGGCGUUUCGGUUGUUCUGGAGAGCAUCUUCAGUUUUAAUCUAUCCAUCCCUCUGAAUUAUAUCUUGCAAGGAUUGUAUGAAAGGGUCUUAGUUAUACAGGGAAUGAAAGAUCCACUCUCGGACUCCAAGACAAAGUUGGCUAUGCUCAGGGAACAUUGCCCUGGCAUUAUGAUUCGAAAACUGGACGCUGGGCAUUGUCCACAUGAUGAAUGUCCAGAAGAAGUAAAUCCUAUUGUCUGUGAUUGGAUCAUGCUGAUCGAAAGCAGAUCCCUCCCUGUUGAAAGCUGCUUUUAGUUGUUUAUGUACACGAGGACAACAGCUUUUAGUUGUUUAUGCCCAUAUGCACAAGAUUUAGGACGGCGGGUAUGAAGCCUCUCAUCAUGGGCCUGAUCUGAUCCAAGGAAGUGGUGAUGUAUGGUAAAAGGCCAUUCUUUGAGGGCCCUUGACCCUCCAAUUUUAGUACAUUAACUAAUGUCGCAGCACUAUCCAUUUUUGUCUUGUAAUCAUGCUUCAUGGUGGGCUUCCAACGUCCCGAAUGGAAGGAUGGAUCGAUGCGCUCAA